CCUUCGCCAUAGUAGACAGCGGGGUGGUCCACUGAGGAGGGAGAUGGAUGCUACUCCGCCGUCUGCCGGCAUUGUGAAUGAGAUGGAGGCCGGUGGAGAUGAAGAGGGAGAGGCUCGGGAGGAGAGCAAGGAGUGCCAGAGACUCACUGCAGAGAGAGAUGAGGCUGAAAGGCAACUCAAACACAUUAAACGGGUUUCCCAAAUGGUGAUUGAGGAGGUGAACGUACUACAGACCCAACUUGAGAUUGAGAAAUCGUGCCGGGAAAAUGCAGAGGCUCUGGCUACCAAGUUGAAUUGUGAGAACAGGAAGAUGAAGUAUUUGAGCCUGUCGUCACGGCCGUGUCUGGAUGAGCUGCUGCCCAGUAUUUCUGACUGCAUUUCUCUAGAAGAAGAGACUGAGCCGCACGACCCUGGAUCUGAUCCUUUUUCACAGUAUAAGCAGCAGGUCAAAGACCUCCAAGAAACCGUGAGCUCUUUGCUGGAGGAGAAAAAGCAGCUGGCUUGUCAGCUUCAAAAUCAGCAGAGGCAGAUUGAGGAAUUGACAGCACUUACUGAAAAGGAGCAGGCCGAGAUGAAGGAGCUUUAUAAAACCAUUGAGCAGCAAAGCAAGACCAUUAAGAGGUUCAACAGGGUGUCUAUGAUGGCCACUCAUGAGUAUGAAAACUUGAAGGAGCAGCUGGAUUUGGAGCAGAGCCUCAGGCAGAAAGCAGAAACCUAUGCACACGAGAUGAUGGUGAAGCAGAAGGAAGCAAACAGACAGAGCAUGAUUCUGCUGCAGCAGGGAGAUCCCAGCAUUCAGCUGGUCAAAGCCUUAGAGGAUGUGGCCAGUGUGACUAAAACAUUAGAAGAAGAGAGAAUCCAGCACCAAGAGAAGGUAAAAGCUCUAGAGGCUGAACUGGAUGAAUGUGCUUUGCGUAAGCAGCUAGUUCAGCUGCAAAGACAACUGGAGAUAUUAGACGAAGAAAAGAAAGAGACUGAGGGACGACUGCAGGAGGAAGAGAAGAGAAGCACUCUUUUUGAAAAGAAAGUUAAAGAGCUGCAGGAGGAGAGGAGGAGCUGUGUUUCAGUAUCAGGCCCCUCCCCCGGGACUGCUCCGCCCCCGGCCCCUCCUCCUCAUCCACCUCCCCCUCCUCCACCCCCGCCCCCUCCACCUCCCCCACCUCCUCCCUCCCGCUGCAACCCCCUCAGCUCUCUCAUUGCCAUCAUGAGGAAGUCCUCCAAGGGAGGUAAAGGAACCCCCAAACUAGAGCAAGCCCCAGUGAAUGAAGCAGUGGAUGAUGUCAAAGUCAAAGCUGUCAAUGAAAUGAUGGAGAGAAUUAAACACGGCGUGGUUCUCAGGCCUGUGAAGAGUCAGGACACUAAGAGGUUUGGCACAAAGCAGCCGAGCCCAGUGCCAGCAGCAGCAUCAGCAGCGGUGGAGGAAAAGCCCCAGGAAAGUGCAAUGGAAGAGCUGAAAGGCAUUCUGGAGACGGUGAAAAAGAGUCCCAGUCGUGGUUUCCAGGAAGUAGUUCAUGCUAAAAAGGACAGUGAACUGGAAGUAAUUCUGAGGAGGAGACGCAAACAGGCCUGUGAUCCGGACGCAGAAGAUGAUGGGCAGCUGAGUAAAGUCUCCUCAUCAAACAGCCUGAACGGCCGACACAGUUCGGACUCUGGCAAAGACACAGAAGGGCCGGGCAGCAGCUCUCUGUCGGGCAGCGAGCGCGGAUCAAGAACCAGCUCAGACUCGGGCCGAGAGCCAGCCGUGGCUCGACCGAGCUCAGAUUCUGGCAUGGAGUCCAAAGGAGCCGCUCAGACAGAGUGUGUCUGCAGAUCUCUCUCUGAGAAAGAGUCCGCUGAACCAGUCACCAACGGCUGCUGUUCAGGUGAAAUGAAGGAUGGUGAUCCAGAGAAGUGGGCGGGGCCUAAUGGGAUCGGCCAUACGGAUGCAAGAGAUGCCCUGCAAACCACCAUCAGCUCCUCUGCACAAAGCCUCAAUGCAGCAAACGGUUGCACAGACGCCGAGUGUUAACAACAAGUGGCUCUGCAAGGACAGCUGCAUUAUUUGCACAAAACCAUGCUUUCUGAAUUUGUUUGUUCCAAAUUUAAAACCAACCAU